UGAGGUUUCUUUUGAGUCCGUAAGUUAACAGAGUUUCGAGUAAGUGUGCUAUAGUUUUGCAAACGAAAGAAAUUGGAAAACUUCGUUAAACUCAUAAAAAAAGUAUAACAAUUUAAUCACGGUUCAUUAAAUAAUAAAUUUUAAGUUCGGGUUGUGUAAAAAUCAAGAAAUUUGUUUUUAAGUGAAGAACGAAAUUGCAUCUUGUUUUUAUUUUUAUUUUGUGUGUGGGAAAAAAAGCAAAGAACACGAAGAUGUUGCUGGCUUUUGCAUGCCUUUUGUUUGUUCUACAAGUCAACUCACAACAAUACACAACCCCAGUACCAAUAUUAAAACAAAUCAACCGACACAAUGCUGAUGGCUCAUACACAUAUGGAUACGAAGGUGCAGAUAAAAGCUUUAAAAUUGAGACCAAAUAUCCUGAUGGAGAAGUUCAUGGUAAAUAUGGAUAUGUCGAUGAUCAAGGACAGGUGCGUGAGGUUGAAUAUGGUGCAAGUAGACGUGGCUUUGAACCUCAAGGAAGUGACAUAAAUGUUGCUCCACCAACUUUGAAAAGCAGUAAUCCAUAUCCAUUGGGUCCAAACGAAAUUGAUGAUGGCCAGUAUCGUGAAGAUCCAGGAGUCUACUACAGUAGCAACAACAACAGAAACACCGCUCCAAUUACCUUUCCACAAAAUAACAACUAUCAACCACCUCGUCGUCCACAGUGGACACCACCGCCACAGCAACAACCACAGCCGCUGCCACCAAGAAACUAUCCAGUAAGCAGAUUUAGCCUUGAUGAUCUUCAACAAUCUUCUCGUCCUCAAUGGUCACCACCACCUCAACCUGCAGCACCUCAAUAUUAUAAUCCUCCUCAGCCCAGAUAUCAGCCACAACCACAACCUCAAUAUUAUAAUCCUCCUCCACCAAGCUACCAACAACCCUAUCCAAAUGUUCCCAAUCAUCACCAUCCUGCUCUAAGAAAUAUUGACAUAGCGAGUGGUUCGUACAGCAUCGAUUACACAGGCAGGAAGUAACGAAAAAAAUACUUACAAUUUGUAUUAUACAUAAAAAGAUAAUAAUUUAAUUCAUACAUUAUAUGUUAAAAAAAAAGACUAAACCAAACUUCUAUUUCUUAAGAGGCCUGUGUUCAAUAGAGUUGACAUUUUUUUAUUUUUUUUUUUCAGCAUAAUAAUACCAUUUGAAUUAC